AUGUGUGACAUGGGGGGACUGGAUAACCUGGUGGCCAACACGGCCUACCUAAAAGCCCAGGGUGGUGAUGACAAGGAGAUGAAAAAGCGCCGUCGGAGCUUGUCUCUCCCCAAACCUGAGCAAUGUGCCGCAGUACGGGCCUCCCUCGACAAGGACUUUACGUCGGUUUGUGAAAGGCAGCCUAUUGGCAAAAAGUUUUUCCGCAACUUCCUGGCGAGCAACAAUGAUUACAAGCUGGCUGCUGAGUUUCUGGAUGAGCUCUAUGAUUGGGAUCUGGCUGAAGGUGCAGCAAAAGACAAGGCCCGUACAAACAUCAUCAACAAGUUCUGCAAGGCCGACUCCAAAAAUUUCCUGUCCUUUCUCAGCGGGGAGCCUGCUGAAAAAUGCAAGGCGGUGACAGAUGCCACCUUUGAGGAAGUGAUGAAAACCAAAGUCCAGGAGGGCGUACGAAAUUAUCUCAAAGACAAACCCUUCACAGAAUACCAGGCCAGUCCCUUUUUUGACAAAUUCCUCCAGUGGAAAGAGUAUGAGAGGCAGCCCAUCACCGAUAAAUACUUCUAUGAGUUUAGAACUCUGGGAAAAGGAGGCUUUGGAGAGGUAUGCGCUGUUCAAGUAAAGAACACAGGCCAGAUGUAUGCCUGCAAGAAGUUGUGUAAAAAGCGUCUGAAGAAGAAGGGUGGUGAGAAGAUGGCCCUACUGGAGAAGAAGAUCUUGGAAAAAGUUAAUAGCCUGUUUUUGGUCAACUUGGGAUACGCUUAUGACACCAAGACCCACCUGUGCCUUGUCAUGACCCUGAUGAAUGGAGGAGAUCUCAAGUAUCACAUUUACAACAUAGGCUAUGAUGGAAAAGGUGUGGACAAGGGCAUCGAGAUGAAACGUGUCAUCCAUUACACGGCGCAGAUCACUACUGGCAUUCUGCAUCUGCACGAGAUGGAUAUCGUAUACCGUGAUAUGAAGCCAGAGAACGUGUUGCUGGAUAGUCAAGGCCAGUGCCGACUUUCAGAUUUGGGUUUGGCCAUAGAGAUUGCUCCGGGGAAGACUGUGACCCAGAUGGCUGGUACUGGAGCGUACAUGGCCCCUGAGCUCCUUAAUAAAACUCCCUACAGGACAUCAGUGGACUGGUGGGCCCUGGGCUGCAGUAUCUAUGAGAUGGUGGCUGGAUACACGCCUUUCAAAGGCCCUGAGAGCAAGAAGGAGAAAGUGGAGAAGGAGGAGGUACAGCGCCGUAUUCUCAAUGAGGAACCCAAGUGGGAGCACAAGUGCUUUGAUGCUGCCACCAAAGACAUCAUCCAGCAGUUCCUCAAGAAGAAAAUUGAAGAGCGCCUGGGCAUGAAGAACAACAUGGAAGAUCCCAGGAAGCACGAGUGGUUCAAAACCAUCAACUUCCCCCGACUGGAGGCCGGCCUGGUGCCUCCCCCCUGGGUGCCCAAGCCCAACGUCGUCUACGCCAAGGACACCGGUGACAUUGCCGAAUUCUCCGAGAUCAAAGGCAUUGAGUUUGAUGCCAAGGACGAUAAAUUCUUCAAGGAGUUUAGCACAGGUGCUGUGGCCAUUCAGUGGCAGCAGGAGAUGGUUGACACUGGACUGUUCGAUGAGCUCAAUGAUCCUAACAGGAAAGAGGGCGGAGGAGAUCCUGAUGAUGAAAAGAAAUCUGGCACGUGUAUAAUACUGUGA